AUGGCAGCGGCAGCUGCUCAGGGCGGGAGAAGCGGUGGUGGCAGUAGUAGGGCUGGUGGUGGCCACAGCAGCUUGCUGGACAAGUGGAAGAUUGACGAUAAGCCUGUAAAAACUGACAAAUGGGAUGGAUCAGCUGUGAAAGAUUCUUUGGAUGAUUCUGCCAAAAAGGUACUUCUGGAAAAGUACAGGUAUGUGGAGAAUUUUGGUCUAAUUGACCGUCGCCUCACCAUCUGUACCAUCUCCUGUUUCUUUGCCAUAGUGGCUUUGAUUUGGGAUUAUAUGCACCCCUUUCCAGCGUCCAAACCUGUUUUGGCUUUGUGCGUUAUGUCCUAUUUUGUGAUGAUGGGGAUCCUGGCCAUUUAAACCUCAUAUAAGGAGAAGAGCAUCUUUCUCGUGGCCCAAAGGAAAGAUCCCACAGGGAUGGAACCUGAUGACAUUUGGCAACUGUUGUCCAGUCUCAAAAGGUUCAAUGAGAAAUACACUCUGAAGCUGACCUUCAUCAGUGGAAGAACAAAGCAGCAACGGGAAGCCAAGUUCACCAAGUCCAUUGCUAAGUUUUUUGACCACAGCGGGACACUGGUCAUGGAUGUGUAUGAGCCUGAAAUAUCCAGGCUUCGUGACAGUCAUGCCACUGUAAGAAAAAUAAAACAGCCACUUCUAAAAGCAGCCAUCUUUUGGCUGGAUCAUGCUGAAUUAAGGGGUGAGGGAGAAAGAAACAGAGAACUUCAUAUGGGGGAGCCGGUCAGCAAGGCUGCCGUUUCUCCAGACACAGCCGGUGGCACAGGCUCAGGCCUGAAGUCGCUGGAGAGAAGGCUUGAAGCAGCGUCGGUGUUUGGUCAAGUAAGAGGGACAGCAGAAAUGAAGAUGGGUUCCAGGGAGUGCGGAUGGGGGUUGACCACGGGAUUUAAGCUGGGCGAGGAGAAAGGUCAGGGUGUGAAGGGGUUCAGGGACGUGAAAGCCUGGCAGAAUCGAGGCCAAGGGAACCUGAGGGACUGA